AUGGUCGCUUCCAGCUUACGACGCGUUUGUCUGGUCACAGUUGGUGCUACAGCUGGGUUCAGAGCACUUAUCGACUCAGUGCUUUCACCCGAGUUCUGGCAGUAUAUCGCUUCCCAAGGGUUCACUGAGCUGCAUGUCCAGUGCGGACCAGAUGCCGUUUCGGCAAGUAAACAACUCGCUCUCUCUAAAGAUCAAGUUCCAUCGGGCCUCAUCAUCGAUGUUUUUGACGUGAAGAAAAAUCUCAUGAAAGAGGAGAUGAUUCUGUGCAAGAGGUUGGAAGGGAAACGAGAGUUAGGACUUGUGAUAUCUCAUGCUGGUACUGGCACAAUAUUGGAUGCUUGGAAAAUGGGAUUGCCCAUAAUUGUAGUACCAAACACGCAACUACUGGAUGAUCACCAAACAGAGAUGGCAAAGCAUCUCUCCAAGGAGGGGUACGCUAUCAUGAGCUCUGGGAGCACCGAAGACCUUCAAGGAGCCAUACAUAAGGUGGAGCUCCUAUGGGAAGAGAACAAAACUCGAUGGCCCGCCAACAAAAUCCUCUCGCAAGAGUCUGACAAACUCCGCCUGUGGGAUCUUGCCCCUGUAGAGGUGUCUAGAGAAGAGAAUGCCACGAUGGUUCACGAUUAG